GCUCUGGGUGAGCGAUCCACCAUGGCUCUGCUGCGGACGCUUUCUGGCCCCUGGCGUUUCCUCAAGAGAGAAAGCAAAACAAAGCUAUCGAUAUGCAGCAAAGUAUGUUAUGCCAUUGGUGGAGCACCCUAUCAAAUCACUGGUUGUGCUUUGGGAUUCUUUCUCCAGAUUUACUUGCUGGACGUGGUGCAG